AUGGAGAUGACUCUGGAAGAGUAUGAGAAGGCCUUGAAAGGUGAAGAAAGGAAGGUUGUCUUGGACAAAGAAUUUGAAUCCAUGCAACUUCUUUCAAGCAAGAAGAGUGAUGAUAGCAUCUUUUUGAAACUGGGUUCUGACAAGGAUAAGCGUAAAGAUGCUGAUAAAGAGGAGAAAGUCAAAAAGUCUGUGAGCAUAAACGAGUUUUUGAAGCCUGCUGAAGGGGAAAGGUAUUACGGUCCAGGGGGCCGUGGCAGAGGGCGAGGCCGUGGUGCCAGAGGAUACAAUGGAAGCAACAUGGCAAGCAACGUGGCAGCCCCAUCCAUUGAUGAUGUUGGCCACUUCCCCUCCUUGGGUGGGAAAAUUUUCCCGAGGCAGAUCUUGUGUGAAUACUUCUAG